GGACUGAUCUGCUGUUCACAGGGAGUGGGGAGGUGUCGCGAGACGAUAAAAACUGACGGUGAGUUCAGAUUUUUGACUUUUAGACUGAAAAAAGUUUAAUUAGAGAACAAAUAAUGAAAGACAGAGUUAAUUUAAAGUCUAACUCGGAGUUUGUAGGAGAAUUAAGAUGCAGGAACCUGUAAGAUUUAGAGAAUAUGGAAUGAUGGAGGUCAGACAGGCUGCAGGGCUGCAGACUCUCAUCACUGCUCCUCAUAAUCUCUCAUUAUCUCUCAUUAGUAAAGUUUUUAUCAGUCUGACAGAUAAUGAGAGAAAGUAUCUGUGAAUUAAACUUAUAUUGAACCUCUGUUUGUUCAGACAUGUCAGUGAAGUGCACUGAUUGUAUCUCAGUUUAAACUUGGUUUUCUCUUAUACCUGUUCCUCUAAUACUCCGAUUAUUACAGUGUUUUAACAGUUCAUGAGCAGGAUUUACUUUGAACUCGUGUUUUAAUGUGAUAUUGACAAAGUGUCCGAGGCCUCCUUCAGCAAACUACUUUUACAAAUCAUUGCAUCAUUGGAGUUGAAUGUGGUUAACUGAAGAAAUUAGUUUGUUCUUUGACUGUGAAAAUAAUCAGACUUAUUUGAACAAAGAUUAUUAAAGAGGAUUUCAUCUCCUGAGUUUAUUCAGCAGCUUUACAAUCAGAGGAAAUCAGAGCAGCAGGAGAUGAGUUCAAGGAAAGUUUACUGUCAAGAGAAGAGAAAUCAGUGUGUAGAUACUUCAACUAACAGGUUAUUUAAGUUAGGCUAAUCAUAUUAAACUUUGACAAGGUACAUAAAUGCUACAUAAAGUCUCCUAAAUUUAGAGUGAAAACUGCUCAAGUUUCACAGAUCAUACACCGUGCAGCAAAUUAAAGUAGAUUAAGAUAAAAUACUUCACUGCCAAAGGGAAAGUGUGUGGACUGAAACUGGUUUGAAAUCCAUAAAUGAGACACCUCACCUCAGAGACUGGAGUCCAGCUGCACUGGGAUACCUUUACUCCUCCCAAAACACCAGCAGCAUCCUCAUCGAACAUCUUCAUAUGUAUUUGAGGUCUAUAUUGGACUCUAGUUUGACACAUUUAGAUUUAGAUCAUUUGGGACUAUUGUUAGAUAUUUUCCCAAAGCCGACCAUGUAGUUUCCUGUAACUGGAGCCUGUCCCAGAUUGAAUAAUCCCCUCUGGACUUUGAACAAAACUGCAAAAAAGUGAAGAAACAAAAGUGGAUCUGAUAACAAAUAAAACAAAUCAUAAAAACAAUAAACUUUUCUUUUAUUUUAACUUUUUAUGGUGCUAAACUUAGAUUAAUAUCAGUAAACACAAAAGAGUUAAGUGGUAGUUUAAAACCCACUGGUCCUAAGCUUUGGCCUCCAGGGGGCGCUGUUGUCUGUUAUAUUCUAAAACUUUUGGUCUUAAUCUGAUCUCAUAUAAACUCUCAGUGUGUUAGAUUAAAGUUAGUUUUCUGUUAUCAUGUGUCUCAGAGUUUAAUCCGUUUGUUUCUUCUUUCACAGACUGUAAAGAUGCUGCUGACCUCGUUAGCGUCCCUCUGCGUCCUGGCCGCUGUGGCCUUCGCCGUACCUGCUCAGGAGAAACGCAUCCAUCACCAAGCCCAGCUGAGUGACCACGCCCACGACGACAAAGACGGCUACAAGUAUGACCACGAGGCCUUCCUGGGGAAAGAAGAGGCCAAGACGUUCGACCAGCUGACCCCCGAGGAGAGCAAGGAGAAGCUUUCGUAGGUUUUACUCUUCCUCACGGUCGUCUUCGUCACUGUGAACCCUGACUGACCCUCAGACGUGAUGAAUCGGCGUCGUCAUACAUCUGUCUUUAACCACGUUUUCUCUCCUGCAGGAAGAUCGUGGAUCGUAUCGACACGGACAAAGACGGCUACGUGAGCCACUCCGAGCUGCACUACUGGAUCAAACACAGACAGAGGAGAUACAUCCAGGACAAUGUCAACAAACACUGGAGCGACUACGACAAGAACCAAGACGGGAAGAUCAGCUGGAUGGAGUACAAGAACACCACCUACGGAUACUACCUGGGUACGAGUUUACACUCCACAUUUAAUCCUGAUUCCCUCUUUUAGCGAUUUAAAGAAAAGUUAUUUACAGCUGGAGGUUUUAUACAGAGCUGAAACAUGAGGGGUUUUUUUUCCAGACGAGGAGUUCGAUGAUGUCGACGACAAAGCCACCUACAAGGCCAUGCUGACCCGAGAUGAGAGACGAUUCAAGAUGGCCGACAGAGACAGAGACGGCAUCGCCACACGAGAAGAGUUCACCGCCUUCCUCCACCCAGAGGAGUUUGACUACAUGAGAGACGUGGUGGUGCAGGUACAGACCUCUGCUUAAACUCUGAGUCCAGACACACAAGCUCAUGAUCCUCAGAGGAUGAACCCAGCACUUCAGGAUCAUUAAUCCAAUUUGUCUUUUUGAAGGAAACGAUCGAAGACAUCGAUAAGAACGGAGACGGAAAGAUCAACUUGCAUGAAUAUAUCGGUGAGUGUUUUAUUCAUUCAAAUGACUCCGCCUCUUUUUUAUCCUCACCUGGUGCCCACCUGUCCUAAGAAGUGUGUUUGCUGCUCCACAGGGGACAUGUACACGCCUGAGGAUGGGGAGUCUGAGCCUGAGUGGGUCGCGACGGAGAAGAAACACUUCGCAGAGUUCAGAGACACUAACCAGGUGAAAACUGGUUUAAAGCUUCACUGUGAAAUAAAAGAAAAUCAAACUUAGAGCCUCCAGAGGGCGCCAAAAAAACCCAGAAAUAAAGCAAAUCUGCUCAUUUUUGUAUCUACAGGACGGUUACCUGGAUGCUAACGAGGUCGCUCAGUGGGUUCUACCUGGAGAGGUGGAUCACGCUGAUAACGAAGCAAAACAUCUGAUCCAUGAAACCGAUAUGGACAAGGUACACCUUUAACACACACACUUUGGUUUUACUUUAUAAAUCCCUCAGAUCAACGUUAUGAAAAAAUGAAGCCGGACAGGUUAGCUGUAGUCGGUCCAUCAGCUCUGAGGAAUAAUCGGAAUAAUUGUGACUUAAUUAUUAACUCUCUCCUCUCUGUCUCCUCCUCUUUCUCCUCUUUCUCUUUCUGUCAAUCAUUCCAAUAAUCUCUUGAUGGAUCAUCAGGAUGAAAAAAUAACAAAGAAAGAGAUUCUGGCCAACUGGAACAUGUUUGUGGGCAGCCAGGCCACCAACUACGGAGAAGACUUGACCAAGAGACACGACGAACUUUGAUGAAGCUCCACAGGGUUCAGAGAUCUCAAAAACUAUGGAGGGGCGGGUUACAGGGGGGUUCGGGGAGGGUGGGCGGGGUUAGGAUUGUGGGGCAGGGGGGGUCAUGCUCAGUAAAGUCAGUGAAGUCAGGUUUAAACCAGGGCUUUCUAAAAACACAGCUCUUAUUGUGGCGGGGUGUGAAGCGGCAGGAAGAGGUGGUGCACACUCUGAACCGGAAAAUAAACCCAGGGUUCGAUACUUUAUGAAUAUGGACGUGAUUUAAUCCACCUCUAAAGGUCCAUUUAUUUCAAUCUUAUUUAUUGGUCCAUUGGUCUCAGUGUCAGGUAGUUUUAUUCUGAAAAUCUGCAGGAAGGUCAGUCCUCGGUUCGAGUUCAGAGUAUCGAAUAUCUCCAUAAAUAGAUGAUCACAAACAAACAAAACCACCUCUGUGUGAAGCUCAGAUCAGUCUCUCUUGAAGCUGAACACAAAAACUCGAUUCUUUAAUCAAAACGUGACGAUCAAACUCAACGAGAGCCGACAGGAACGCACGACACAUCCCUCUGUGAUGCUCUGUCGUCAUGGAAACUGAGUUUUUAGAGAGUCCUGGUUCUGUGUUUCUUUGUUAUCCAGGGAAUAAAGUGCCUGCAUGAUUUCUAAUCCACUCCGAUCAGGUGUUCACUCACAUACUGUGUAUGUGAAUACAGGUGACACCCAUGAUCACACACGCACACACACACACACUCCUCUUUCUCUUGUGUUGUGCACAUUUCUCUGCAUCUCCAGACAAACUGUGGAUUAAAUCCCUCGUGCACUGACAUGCAGCUGAAACAGAAAGUGAAACUUUAAUCGUGAAAUCAGCCGACAGGAAAAGUGCAGAUUUUAUAAGUCAGGUAGAUGGUCGGGUGCGUCUCAACAAAUAAGAUGACCAUGAAAAAGCUCCGUAUUUCUAACCAGCGACAUCAGAAAGUGAAGUCUGAUAAAGGAGCCCAGACUGAAUACUGAGUGUAUGAACAAACAGACUUGACAAAAGUUUGUUUUUCUGUAUUUCAAAUUAACUUCUUAACAAUCUCAGGGAGCGUCCGUGUUAAUUUAGAUACUGGGUCUCUGACUUUCAUGAGCUCUGAGCCACAAUCAUCAAAAUUUAAACAAAGUCAAUCUUCAAAUAUUCAUAUUUUAUGUGCCGAACAUAGAAAAUAUUCAAGUUAAAAAUUUUUUUAACUUAAUUCUGAUAAAAAAAAAACCUUUUUCAUGGUCUGAUUUGUUGAGUUUUGCCUGGAUGCUUGUUGAGUGUUUGUUAUGUAGCAGGUGAAAGUUGGUCAUUGUUUAUUUUUCAAACAUUUGUGAAUGUGUUUGUUUAUUUUGGAGGUUUCUGAAAAGUUUUCUGUCACUCAGUCUUGGAGAAGGAUCUGCUGAGAUGUGUUUCUGACUUUUUGGGUUUGAUUCUGAAUAAAGUUUUUGUUUUUUUUAAGAGUUUUUGUGUCUGUAAAUGUGAUCAAAUGUGUAACAUAUAAACUUUACUUGUUAAUAGUAAACACAUAACACAAGAUCAUGAUGAUGUAGGUGUUACACUUCCAAAACACUACUACCCAGCAGGACUCAGGUGUGAACGUCAUCCACGUGUCUGUAUCUUUGUUUUGAAACUUCCACAGACAUUCAGUACAAGAUCCAUGUGUGUAAAAUUUCACUUCAUUAGGUUUCUGUUUCCUUCUGUUCUGACCAGGACGGGCGUCUGACUCUCUCUGAGCUGCUCGACAAGAUGGACUUCAUCAGAAUCAGCACCAUCACAGACUACGGAGGCAUGAAGGUGGAGGAACACGAUGAGCUGUGAGGCUGUAGGUUGAAAUGUGUGUAAAAUUACCUGAAUGUUUAGUUUUGUUUUGGCUGAAAAUGAGCCUGUUACUGCUACUGGAGGAGAGGAAGAGGAGGAGAGCGGUUGUUGUGGUUUGAAAAAUAUGUUAAUAAAAAGUUGACGAGUGAAAACUCAUACAUAUCAAA